UUGGAUCCGGACCCUGGACCGCGCUUUUUGAGCCAUCAUCCGUGUCAAUCGAGAACAGUGCACGAUAAAGGACCUCAUUUUCCAUUCAUUUGAUACCCUCUCUUAUCACACAGACAAAGAAACCACCACCAAAAUGAGCCAAGACGACGAUUCCUUCUCCGAGGUUGGCUUUGACGACACCGAACCUGAGCAGCAGCAAGCAGAAGAUCAUGAAAGGAAACAGCAUCCUGUGAUUGUUGAAGUUCAGCUGCCGCCUCAUUUUUCUGCCGGUUCCAACAAAAGGGUAUCGGCCGUUGCCUCUUUGACGACCGAGAAGUCUGAGGAGUCGUCCUUUAUCCCCGUCACUAUCUUUGGAAAGAUGAAGGUCAACUCGUCUUCGGAAGCCAAAGAGGCACCGUCCAAUGCUACUCCCGCUGCAGCAGAGAGCAAAGAAUCACCCAAGAACGAGACGUGUUUCGAGGAAAGGAAGGUGGCAGAUGACGACAGUGAGGUGACUGGUUGGUCUGCUGUCAGCCUUCACCCUCCAGGCUUGGUUGGCAGCAGCAAUGAUGACGAGAGCGUUGCGGCCAGUUCCACCAUUAGUGGCUUUGAUCUGAUCUCUCUCAACGGCACCAGCAAGAAAAAGUGCAAAACCUGCUCCUUCUUGAAUGGAUCAACCAUUACGAUUUGCGAGGGGUGCAGCUUGGCAUUGGUGGCCAAUCCUUGUCUGACAUUUGACGAAAAGUUGGCUCGACAGCUGCAGCACAACGAAGAGCAAGAAGCUUAUCAGGCGCUUUUACAAGAGGAAAAGAAACGCAAGAACCUCAACCAGCAGCCAAUCUUAGUCCGGGCACGGACACUGGCAGAUGACAUUAUAUCUGCCCUCAACCGAUGUCUUUCUUCCAAGCAACGGGAGGAUGUCGCCUUUUCCGCCCUGCCUCAUGCCAGCCUCACCAUCUUGGCUUCUCGCUUUAUAGAAUGCGUGGAUCAAUUUCUUGUACCGGACCAUCAUCAGAGCAUUGGCUCGGAAUUGCCCAUCAAGCUCUGCUAUUGCUUCACCGAAAAGGCUUCAUGGAGAAUGACACAGAUCCGCCAGGACGGAUUCGGUUCAAAUGCUGCCUUUGGAUCAACUCCCGAGGCUGCAUGCAAAGCCUUCAAAGCCCACCCUAGAUUGCCCGGGCUCCCCUCCAUUCCCGAGAACUGCACCAGCAAUCUAUGGAACCGAAACGUCGUCCCAUCCGAGACCCAUGGCUGGAUUGCUGUCAUUGUCAGCGGCCAGAACUUUUCCGCGGUCGAUGGUGGUAUCGCGGAGAUAUUUCGUCGUCCAAGCAGCGCCCAGUCGCUUCCCUUGGCGACCUUUGACGCGACUCUGAUGCAUGAUGACACUAUUCGUGUUCUCAUGAACAACCUCAACAUGGCUUGCCAUGACUUUUUUGGUCAUGAUCCUGCUGUGGUUCAGAUCGAGGAUUCUGCCCAAAAGAGGCGAAAGGGGAACGAAGACAGUACCGACAGCGACGAGAAACUCGCAAUGGAACUACAGGGCGUGUUGUACGAUGAUUGCACUGGAGGAGGCUCCGAUGCAACCGGCGGUGGCAGUGCCGCUGCGAACGAAGCUGACUUCCCAUCGUUCCUGACGGACCUUCCAGCUGAGAAGAACAUGACAGAGGUCACCGAGCCCCUGGAUCUCGGGUUUCUGCUGCAGGCACCCAUCCUAGAAUGUCCGGAUCGAAACGCUCGUGCUCCCGCCCGAACAAAACCAGCCAAAUAUGAGACUGGCAAACCAAAAUCAGAUCAGUCGGCUGCCCAGGUCUCCCUUUGCCGCUAUCAAUCCUCCUUCAAGGCACAAAAGACAACCGAGAAGAAAUUAGGCGUUGUCGAGGACAUCAUUGCCAACAUCACAGAGGUACCCCCACCUAAUACGAAUCGACAAGGGCUUCGAAGGUUCUUUUUUCGAGUCCGAAAUGUUAGCCGAUGUUUCCAGAGCUGUUAUGGUGGCGACGCAGACGCCUUCUGCAAGGCCAACCCCAGGUUUGAUGUUGGUCGGUACAUGUGCCCUCACGGGCAAAGCCACCGCUUCACAGAGCGCAAGGAGGUGUCUGUGCCCAGGCCGGAAUCGACUGCUGACAAGGUGGCGGCAAGUGCGAAAGAAACCAACAAACAAGACCCCGAAGAAACUGUCUCGGGUCUGGAUGGGCUUGUGCGGGUGGGCACUAUCGCGGACGACAGCCGGGAACGCAACCUUGAAGCAGCCGCGUCGAUGAUGUCGGGACCGUCUACAGACGAAGACCGCAACGCGUUUGGGCGUUUCCACGACGUCGAUGAGGCACUCCCUUCGUUCAGCCUCAAUCCAGGAGGGGAACGCAAAGCCGCCGGAUCAGGAGACGAGAACAGCAGUGCUGGCAGUGACCAAGAACCGUACCAGUACCACUAAACAAAGCCGUAGCAGCGCUUGUCAGUUUGGGAGCGAUUGUAGCGCUCAAAGCCGCAGCAACGCUUGCGCGUUCGAGAUGCAUUGUAGCGCACACAAUUUCCAAAACAACUAUUACACAUACCAAAUGCCCAUGAAUUGCCAAACAACCAACACAACGAAAGCACAAUAUACAUUUCGGGAGAUCUAACUUCCUACAUACAAAUUUAAGCCUCUAGAAAAACUGACAACCCUCCCACUU